AUGUAUGGUCUUAUUUUAUCUCAAUUAUUUGUUUAUCCUCUCACUGGCUCACAAAUUGUUCCGGUAAAUAAGACAAUUACAUCAAUUCCUUAUAUUCCUCCUGAAAUCAUUCGUAUGAUUUUUAAUUUAUUAAGGGAUGAUAAGAAAACUCUCGCUGCUUGUGCUUUAGUUAAUCACACUUUUAACCUUCAUGCUACUCCUAUUUUAUAUAAUACUGUCUCGUUUACUUUUCCUCAUACGUUUACACUUUUUGCUAAUGCCACAAAUGAUAUUAAAAUGCUUGUUACGCCAGAUCUUUUAAUUCAUAUUUUAAGAUCCUUUCCAGAAUUAAAAGCCUUUUCCAUAACAGAAUCUUUGGAAUCUGUAAUUACUCUUGACGUUUUAAAAGUUCUAUUUUUAGAAUGUAAAAACAUCAAAAUCAUCGAUUUUUGUGGAUGCGCUAGUAAAGAAUUUAGUAAAACUCUAGAAGAAUUCACUAACCUAAUCGGUAGAGUUAGAAUAGAACAAUUUUAUGAUGAUGAUGAGACAACAAUUGCUUUUUGCAUGACAUGCAACCCUUUAUUAUCUCAUUUACAAAGAGUUUCAUUUCAUGAAUGCCCUGUAAUUUCUGAAUAUUCAACCAUUAUACCUCUUCUCGCUCAUGCUCCAAAUCUUACUCAUCUUGAUUUGGGUGGCUGUUCUAUCAGCGACCUAACAUUGAAUUUUUUGGCUGGAACAAAUGCACCAAAUAAACUAUCUCAUCUUUUGUUAGCUAAAUGUAAAAAUAUUUCAUCCAAUGCUAUUUCAUCUUUUAUCUCUAAAU